AUGGAGUUCAGUCUGAGCGGGAAUGCACUCAAGACCUUCGCUCGCUCUAUCACGUGCCUCGCACGCAUCGGGAACGAGCUCGUCCUUCAGGCCUCUCCAUCACAGCUCACUCUUCAUACUCUUAACUCGUCGAGAUCAGCAUAUCAAUAUAUUACAUUAAGGCCCGAUUUCUUUGAUGUAUAUAGAAUAUCAGGUGCCCAGAUGCAAUGCAGUGUGCUUUUGAAGGCAAUCUGUUCUGUUCUAAGAACACCCAUUGUGAGUAUUGAUCAUUUGAGUGUGCGUUUGCCUGAUCCUGAUGCAUCGAAGGUGCAGUGGACUUUGGACUGUGUUAAUGGUAUGAAAAAAUCCUAUUGGAUUACUUGCAAUGUUGAACCUGACGUACAACAACUAUCACUUGAUCGGAGAAAGCUUCCCAGCAACUUCGUAGUAAGGCCUCGUGAUCUUAAUAGAUUAUUAGCUAAUUUUCAAUCAACCCUUCAGGAGAUCACGUUCAUUGCAACCCAACCUUCUUCCUUACCUCUCGAUGCUGCAAAUGAAAUUGGCGGGAAAGCUGUUGAACUCAGAAGUUACAUAGAUCCUACCAAAGACAAUGAUUCAACACUACACACACAGCUGUGGAUAGAUCCUGCUGAAGAGUUUGUGCAGUAUACUCACUCUGGGGAUCCUGUAGAUGUAACAUUUGGAGUGAAAGAAUUGAAGGCAUUUCUUGCAUUCUGUGAAGGAUGUGAAGUUGACAUACACUUAUAUUUUGAUAAAGCCGGCGAGCCGAUCCUGAUGGCGCCGAAAUUUGGAUUUGAUGAUGGUUCUAAUUCAAAUUUCGAUUCUGCCCUGGUGCUUGCAACUAUGCUGGUGUCACAGCUCAAUGGUGUGAAUUCUACGGAACCUGCAGUAGCAGCAGCCACUGCUUCUCAUGGAACAGAGGCCCCAGUAAAGUAUGGAUCAAAAGGAAAUGUUUCUGAACAUCAGUCUGAUCACACCAAAAUAUGGUCUGAACUCUCAGGAAGUGCCGCAAGAAGUGGUAAUGGUGCUGAAGUUAGGCAAGUUCCAGGGGAAAGAAAUCGAAGUACCAACGAGCAGAGGACGACUCAGGGGAUUGGGGCAAUGCACAUAUCGAAAGAUGGAUAUGCUGCUGGAAUGACUGGGGAUCAUAAUGACUGCCAUCCCGUGCAAAUGGAUAAUGCUGAACAGCCUCAAGAUGGGGCAGAACUGAAUGGUCAAGUUAUCUCACAACGUCAUCCAAGUAACUGGGUGGAUGCUGAUGAGGAAGAUGAUGAAGGGGAUGAGACUGACUUAUGUGUGCGCUCAACGCCUCCAUACUAUGAGGAAUGA